ACAAGGGGGAGAAGACAAACACACCCUCAGAGGACAACAAUAACAAAACCAACAUAGUGAAAACAAGCAAUUUACAAACUAUGGACAAAUCUGAUGCCACCAGUGGACAAAAGCAGAUGAAUCCUGUUUCAGCAGACCAUGACAGAACUGGUAUUAAGGUAACAGGGUUGAACCCUCUAGCUGUCCAGACAACCCAAAAGGCUGAUGGUAUAAAACAGCCAAUCCUGCACACAGGAGAUACUAUGGACAAUACUGAAGGCAAAAACAGACCACAAUAUCCUUCAGGUAGCAGGCCAGAUGGCGGCAACAGAGACAAAGCAUCAAACCCUCUCACUAGCAUUGAAGGAGGGAAGCAGUCAACUUCUCCUACUCUUGACAAGGGCAAAAAGGACAGUCAUCUUAUGGGCCGUGAACAGCCAUGGAGAACCAAGAGACCCAUAAUUCAGGAAAGACGUGCAAACAACACCAGGACAUGGAUAAAACCGCUCCUCAGUACAGACAAGGGGGAGAAGUCAAGCAGAUCCUCAGAGGACAACACUGACAAAACCAAUACAACGAAAACAAGCAACUUACAAACAGUGGAUAGUUCUGUGGACACUGGAAAUAGGACGAGGAAAGUUAUCCCAACAAUUAAGGCCACCGCUGGAGAAAAGCAGAUGGAUCCUGUUUCCACAGACAAUGAGGAAAUUGGUAUUAAGGUAACAGAGCUGAACCCAGUCGCUGUCCAGACAACCCAAAAUGCUGAUGGCAUAACACAGCCAAACCUGCACACAGGAGAUAACAUUGACGAUAAAGGGCAAAAGAAGCCACAACACCCUUCAGGUAUCAGGCCUGAGGGCAGCAACAGAGAGAAAGCAUCAAACCCACCCCCUGCAGUCACCAGCAGUGGUGUAGGGAAAGAGUCAACUUCUCUUGUUAACAAGGGCAACAUUAACAAAACCAAUAUAAUGAAAUCAAGACAUUUUCAGUCUGCGGACAAAUCGGUGGACAUUGGAGAUAGGACGACAGAACCAGUGUCUGAGGUAAAGGCCACCAGUGGAGGAAAGCAGAUGAAUCCCGUUUCAACCGAAAAUGAAAAAACUGGUUUUGAGGACACAGGGUUGAACCCAGUAGCUAUUCAGAUAGUCCAAAAGGCCGAUGGUAUGACACAGUCAAUCCCGCACACAGAAGAUAACAUCAACAAUAGCAACGGUCAAAACAAGCUACAACACCCUUCAGGUAAAAUGACUGAGGGCAGCAACAGAGAUGAGAAACCAAAUCCUUUCACAGGCACUAGCGGAGGGAAGCAGUCAACUUCUCCUGUUGACAAGAGCAAAAAGGAUAGUCAUCUUAUGGGCCGUGAACAGCCAUGGAGAACCAAGAGACCCAUCACUCAGGACAGACCUGCAAACAACACCAGGACAUGGAUAAAACCGCUCCUCAGUACAGACGAGGGGGAGAAGUCAAGCAGAUUCUCAGAGGACAACACUGACAAAACCAAUACAAUGAAAACAAGCAACUUACAAACUGUGGAUAGUUCUGUGGGCACUGGAAAUAGGACAAGGAAAGUUAUCCCAACGAUUAAGGCCACCAGUGCAGAAAAGCAGAUGGAUCCUGUUUCCACAGACAAUGAAGAAAUUGGUAUUAAGGUAACAGAGAUGAACCCAGUAGCUGUCCAGACAACCCAAAAUGCUGAUGGGAUAACACAGCCAAUUCCCCAUGUAGAAGAUAACAUUAACAACAACAAAGGGCAAAAGAUGCUACAACACCCCUCAGGUAACAAACCUGAGGGUGGCAACAGAGACAAAGCAUCAAACCCUCUCACUGGCACUAGUGGAGGGAAGCAGUCAACUUCUCCUCUUGACAAGGGCAAAAAGGACAGUCAUCUCAUGGGCCGUGAACAGCCAUGGAGAACCAAGAGACCCAUCACUCAGGACAGACCUGUAAACAACACCAAGGCAUGGAUAAAACCGCUCCUCAGUACAGACACAGAACAGAAUUCAAACACAUCCUCAGAGGACAACACUAAUAACACCAAUAUGAUGAAAACAAGCAAUUUACAAUCUGUGGACAAAUCGGUGGACAUUGGAGAUAGGGCGAGAGAACCCGUAACUGAGGUAAAGCUCACCAGUGGAGAAAAGCACAUUAAUCCUGUUUCAACAGACAAUGAUGGUAUAACACAGCCAAUUCCACACAGAGAAGAUAAUAUUAACAAUAACAACGGGCAAAACAAGCUACAACACCCUUCAAGUAAAAUGGCUGAGGGCACUGGCUCUGGCAUUGGUGGGGGGAAGCAGUCAAGUGUGCCUUCUGUUGACAGGAGUUUAGGGAAACAGUCUUAUCGUCUAUCAGAGAACAGAACAGAUGAAGAAAGAGGGACAAAUGAGCCAAACACAUCUAUAAGACAAAAGGCUAAUAUCACCAGCAGACUGAAGAAGCUAAUUCCAUUUAACCUGAAUAAAAACCAAACCAAAGAGAGACAACCAAACAUCAUGAAACAAGAGUCUGUUGUUGUCAUUAAUGGUAGGAGGAGGCCACAGGACCCAGUCCCUCUAGACAAGGUAACAACAGGACGAGAAUCGCACAUAAUUCCAGGCAGUAAUAACAACAGUCAAAUGACAGACCUGAAGCCACCUAAAUAUGUAGAAGUGACCAAGUACACAGAUGAGGUGAGGGGGUCCAAAUCUCUCACCGUGGAGGGGAUACAGGAAAACUACCCGAUAUCAUCACAGCCUGAAAGCAACAAUGGAACUGCUAAACCAGCUCAAGAUUGCUCUGAUUACACUGCACGGGAACCAAGGAAGAAUGGUAUUUUCAUUGUGAGACCAGACCUGAAAAACAAUUCCUUCCCCGUGCUCUGUGAGAUGGAGUCUUAUGGUGGGGGCUGGACAUUACUUCAGCGACGCUAUGAUGGGAGUAUCAGUUUCAAUCGAUCCUGGAAUGAAUACAAAAGGGGCUUUGGACAAUUGGAUGGUGAAUUUUGGCUAGGAAAUGACAAGAUUCACCUGCUCACUAAAGGUAAAGAGAUGGCCCUGCAUAUCCAGCUGGAAGACGUUGAAGGUCUUAAAGCACAUGCAACUUAUGAACGUUUUUCAGUGGCUAGUGAACUUGAGCGCUAUCGCCUGACUGUGGGACACUACUCUGGUACAGCAGGGGAUGCUCUGAACUUCAGCCAGAUAUUUAACCAUAACCAGAAGUUCUUCACCACUCCUGACAGAGACAAUGACUACUACCCCUCUGGAAAUUGUGGGGCCUACUACGGCUCUGGCUGGUGGUUUGACUCUUGUAUGUCAGCAAAUUUAAAUGGUAAAUACUACCAAACACGAUAUAAAGGGGUUCGUAACGGUAUAUAUUGGGGAACAUGGCCCAACAUCUCCUCAGAGUAUUAUCCAACUAAUUACAGACACGCAUUUAAAACAGUGACUAUGAUGAUAAGACCCAGUAGCUAUAAACCAUAAGUACACAGAAUUCUGAUAAAUCAGAUGAUA